UGUUUGGUGUCUCCGUGGAGACCGUUAUAAAUAAAUCUCCUUAGGGAAGCACAGCAGUCCCACGAGAGAACAACUUCACUUAUUUUAUUUACUUCUAUCUUUAAUUAAUGUAAAGCUAGAUUAUAUUUAAAAGCCAUAAUGUCAAUAAAUACUAGACACGGGCUUCCUUUCCUGCCAGGAAACUCAUUUCGGGAUUUAACGAAAUCCGCUUUCCACAGAGCUCAGACUCUGGAUUUUAAGAACGGUUACGCUCUGCCCCGGCGGCCCGCGGUCGGUACCGGACAAGAUCCGCUGCUGUCGGUGAACAUCAGUCACAGCGAGAGGAACCAGCUGAUCAGAGACAUCCCGAACCUGACCUACGGGACCGACACACACCGACCCCCGCCGCUCAGCUUCAUACCGGCCCACGCUGCUUACGACAAGAAGGUGCUGCGUUUCUAUGGUUACUUCCGGCAGGAAGUGUUGCACUCCCCGGAUGAGCACUUCCGCAUCCGUCCGGUGGUGAUUUAUUAUCACCUGGAGGACGACAGCAUGUGUGUGACCGAGCCUCCGGUGGAAAACUCUGGAAUUCCUCAGGGAAAGCUGAUCAAACGUCAGAGGCUGCCCAAAAACCAGCGCGGAGAUCUGUACCACUGGAAAGACCUCAACGUGGGGAUAGACAUGAGCUUGUUUGGAACGGUCUACAGGAUAACACACUGCGAUGCCUUCACACAGGACUUCAUGGAGAGUCAGGGAAUAGAACUAAAUGAGUCAGAGUCUAUUCCCAAUGAUCCGUACACCAUCCGGAGAGUUCAGGCUCAACAAACCCACAUCACACCUUAUGACCACAAUCAUCAGCUGGAGCGCUUCCUCGCCCUGGAUCGACAGGUGCUGCGUUUCUAUGCGCUCUGGGACGACUCGGACUCUCUCUACGGGGAGAAACGGCCUGUAAUGCUGCAUUACUAUCUGGUGGACGAUUCGGUGGACAUCUGCGAACAUCACGAGGCCAACAGCGGCCGGGACCCGUUCCCAGUGCUGCUCCACAGACAGAAGGUUCCCAAACACAUCAAAUCAUCCUGCGAGCCGUUCCCCAGCUGUGUUCUGGAAGUUUCUCCUCAAGACGUGGAGGAGUAUUUCUCUCCUGGAGACUUCAGGGUCGGUGAGGAGGUCACGCUGAUGGGGAGGCGCUUCCUGCUCUAUGACUGUGACGACUUCACCCGGAAAUACUAUGAGCAGAAUCACCCCGACAUCCUGCUCAAACCACUUACUGUAGACACCAGAACACAGCAAGACAUCACGAAGGUGAUUCCGCCGUAUAAUGGCUUCGGUUCACUGGAGGACUCGUUACAGAACUGUCUGUCCCUGAUUCCUGAACCGCCCAAGAAAGACGUGAUCAAACUGCUGGAGAACGACAACAAAGUCCUGCGUUACAUGGCAAGGCUGGUGAGAGUACAGCUCAUUUGGAUCAUUCCUUUACUGAAUAUUGUGCUACAACAACACAAGCAGGAUUCCCAGAAUCCCCUGGAUGAGGGCAGACGCUUCAUUCUGUCCUACUACCUGUCUGAUGACAUGAUCAGCGUCUUUGAGAGAUCAACACGUAAUUCCGGCAUCAUUGGAGGAAAAUUCCUAGAGAAGACUCGUGUCCCAAAACCAGGAAGCUCUGUGGAAAACCCAGAAUACUUCGGUCCUGCAGACUUCUAUAUUGGAGCGACUGUGGAGGUGUUUGGCCAUCGGUUUGUCCUGAUGGAUGCUGAUCGUUACGUGUUGAGUUAUCUGGAGUCACUGUCCCAUCACAUCCCUGAACACACUCUCUCUUCACUGAGACAGAAGUUUGGGGUCAGUAGAACCUCAGACCAGGAGGAACAACAUGAAGCUGAGACUGAUGGAGCUGCGGCCGUCCUCCAGAACUGAGAUCUGCUCUAUAAUGCUUCCCAUCAUCACAAGAGACCAACAUAAAUACUUUUUUUUUUUUUUCUCUUUCGUGUUUGUUCUUUUUGACGUUGAGAUUUUUCAUGUACUGUGGUGUUAAUGUGCAAUAAAGAGCAUAACUAUCUUUUACUUAUGAACAUUAAGGCUGGAAAAAAUUAAAAAAUAAUAAAUAUUGAGGUAAAAUU